GGCGGGGUUGAUGAUGCAUUGAGAAAGAACUUGGCUCUUUUGGCUCAACUGGUUUUUUUGGACUCUAGAAGUGGGUGUGCCCUCGUGCCUAUCUCUCUCUCUCUCUCCUUUUCUCGCCCGCUCCCUGCCUGUCAGUCUCCCCUCUCUCUUCAGCUGAACACAAGUCUCAACAGACGGCAAAAUGCAUUUGGCAAAUUCUUUUAUCAAAGGCCUGGUUAAUGUUGUGAGCAACAUCGACCCGGCUCAGUUUAAGCCUUCAGCCCCACCCCCUCCCCGCAGACCUUUGAACUUCGCCGAGUCUCACGACACCGAAGAGGACAAACAGUUUCGUAGAGUUUUUCAACAGCUGGCUGGAGAUGACAUGGAGGUGAGUGCCGCUGAGCUGAUGAGCAUCCUCAACAGAAUCAUCUGCAAACGCGGAGACCUGAAGACGGACGGUUUCAGCAUCGAGUCCUGCAAGAGCAUGGUCGCUGUCAUGGACAGCGACAGCACAGGUAAACUGGGCUUCGACGAGUUCAAAUACAUGUGGAACAACAUCAAGAGAUGGCAGGCUGUGUAUAUCAAAUUUGAUGCCGAUAGGUCAGGAACGAUCUCGUCUAACGAACUGCCGAAAGCCUUCCAAGCUGCAGGUUUCCCCCUGAACGACGACCUCUUCAAGCUGAUCAUCCGUCGCUACACCGACGAGAACGGCACCAUGAACUUUGACAACUACAUCGGCUGCCUGGUGCGACUGGACGCCAUGUGCAGAGCCUUUAAAACUCUGGAUAAAGACAACACUGGCACCAUCGAUCUGGACAUCAAGGAGUGGCUGCAGCUGACCAUGUAUUCAUGAGGCGGAGGCGGGAAGCUGCUCUUCUUUUCAUCUCAUCCCUUUCUCCCUCUCAUUACAUGUGUGCAAGGGCGUAGGUUUAGUUUCAACAUUGGGGGGAUUGGACACAUUAUUAACCCUGGAUCUAGGGGCACAAUACAUCUGCACAAUACAUACUUUCACUUUAAGUACUUUAAAUCCAUUUUGCUAAAAAAAACAGAGGUGAAAAAGAAUACCAAAAACUAUUCCACUUAAGUAAAAGUACUAUUACUUUGAGGAACUUUUACUGAAGUACAAGUUAAAUUAUCAGUAAAUUGACUUUACAGCAAAGCACUUUGCAAUGAUAAAAAAACAUUAAAAAAAACCUGACAUUUUGUGUGUAGCUCCAGUAAAAAUAAAGAACAUUUUGUGUUAUAUUCAAUUCUCUCAUAUAACGCUGCUCAGUCAGUAAACUUACAAAAAUAAAUGUCCAAAACAACAGUGACCAUGUGGACUUAAUCUCCCAAAAACCAAUCAUAUAUUUUGAAGGGGACAAAUCUACCUCUUCUAAAUACUGUGGGGGGGGGAACAUGUCCCCUGCCUUCCCCCCACCCCCACCUUAAUCUACGCCUAUGCACAUGUGUCUGUCUGAAACCCCGUUGUCUCUAGAGUAACAGGAAGCAAAAUGUCGGCGCAGAGCUAAAGUCAAAGAUAAAGAAAAGAAAAAUCAAACUGGGACCAAAGAUGUUGCUGUUGCACUGUCCUGUCCUGCUGCUGCCAGGCGGUGGCACUAUAACAUUCCCAUGUUGUGACAAUAAAGUUGAAUCUAAUCUAAUGUUACAGAUUUCUAUAUGUAAAUGUGUAUUGCCAAUUUUGAAAAGGUCUUGAUUUUUAUCCGAAACUGAAUAAAUUGACAAAACUGACGUUUAAA